GGUGUGUAACUCUUAUGUUUUUGUGUUGUAUUAUGAGUGUGUUUGUGCAUUAAGUUAUAACUAAAGUUUCCUAUAAUUUCGUCACAAUACUACUGUAAUCUCUCUCUCCUCUCCUCUUCUUUGCUUUCAUUUUUUUUUUCUUGUUUCUUUUCAGAUUCAGUUCUCCACACAACACAAAAGAACCCUAAAAAUUUUCACAUUACGUUUACAUCACCAAGAUAAAGAAAAAUAAACAAUUUAUCACGUCUUCCACAUUGUUGAUUUUGUUUUGGUGUACAACAUGAAAAAGGUUUGAGAUACGAUUCGAAUAUUCUAUUGCUACUUCUAUACCUUCCAGAUACUAUUUUUUUUUUCUUUUCCUUAGUGAUCGUUUGGUGAUUUGAUUUGGGCAAGGUAACGUAUAAAAACCGAGUAUUUGUGGGUCUUAAUCCUCUUCUAUGAUUCGUUAAUCUUAAAUUGAGCAAAUUCAGAAACAAUUCGAAAGAUCCUAGAUUUUUGUAGUCCCAGCUGUUUCUUGAGACAUCGUUUGAUUUAUUUUUGUUUAUGUGUUAAGAUUUGUCUUUUUCCUUGCUUACAUAUCUGUGUUUUUGUCUCUAUGGCCUCUCUAUGUAAUCUACUUAUGCCAUUUGUCUGGUCUUUAAUUUUUCAGCCACAAUGAGAUUAUUUAAAAACUUAAGAUUUUUUUUUGUCAGAAUCUAUUGUUCCAGGAUUUACGCAAUAAGCUAUAUCUGAAAGCCAAAAACUCUCUGGAACUUUUCAUUAUUAUUAACAGCAAGCAGCUGAAAACAUUUUAAUUGUAUAUAUAAGCAAAAGUACUAUAAAAUAUCAUCAAAGAUGGAGGAGAUGUCACCUGAUAAUAUACAUGGAGUCAUUUUAGCUGUGUCUUCGAGUGUAUUCAUCGGUUCUAGCUUCAUCAUCAAGAAACAAGGUCUUAAGAAGGCCGGUGUUAGUGGAGCCAGAGCAGGUGAAGGAGGGUAUGGAUACUUGUAUGAACCUUGGUGGUGGGCUGGAAUGAUAACAAUGAUUGUUGGGGAGAUAGCCAAUUUCGCAGCAUAUGCAUUUGCACCGGCUAUUCUAGUGACACCUUUGGGAGCUCUCAGUAUUAUUUUCAGCGCAGUGCUAGCACAUUUUAUUUUGGAAGAGAAGUUGCAUAUGUUUGGUAUACUUGGCUGCAUUCUCUGUGUUGUUGGAUCAACAACGAUUGUUUUACAUGCUCCUCAUGAGCAAGACAUUGAAUCAGUCAAGCAAGUGUGGCACCUUGCUACUGAACCAGGUUUCCUUGCGUAUUCUGCUGUGGUCUUGGUUGUGGUGCUUACAUUGAUCUUCUACUACGAGCCACGUUAUGGGAAGACGCAUAUGAUAGUAUAUGUUGGGAUUUGCUCUUUAAUGGGCUCUCUUACAGUUAUGAGUGUUAAAGCUGUAGCAAUUGCCAUAAAGCUGACGUUUUCGGGAAUGAACCAGUUCAAGUACUUCCAUGCAUGGAUCUUCAUCAUAGUAGUGACCGUAUGUUGCAUUCUACAAAUCAACUACUUGAACAAGGCUCUGGAUAAUUUUAACACAGCGGUCAUAUCUCCAGUUUACUACGUUAUGUUUACAACGUUCACCAUUAUAGCUAGCAUGAUCAUGUUCAAG